AUAUGACCAUUUGUCUUCAUCCACUUUCCUCUCUGUGUAUCCUCUCCAGAGUGUGAGAGCUUCAGGCUUAUACCUCUCACCCACUCUUCACUUCAGCCUGGAUCACACUGAGGAAAAGUAUCGGGGUGUAUAGUAAUGAUGGGAAAAUCCUCUUUUGAUGCAGCCUUGUGAUCUGAAUAUGUAUUUUCCAUCACAUAAAGGAGUCUAAAUGAUGAAGGCAUGUGGAAAAUGUGUGAUUUGCACUGCUGUAAGUUUGUGCAUCUUUGACAAUAGCUCAAAGAUCCACCUGUCAUAUGGUUUCAUGUUUGAUAUUCUCCUCCUCAGUGUGUCCACUCCCAUAGAGGGCGAGCUUUCAGUCACACAUGUGACUUUGCAGAACGACGAUAAGGUGCUUUAAAUAAUCAUCUGAACUCUCUGGGUGAUGUUUCUAAACUGGGAUUAUUUCACAAGAAACUAUUAUCAGAGAAGAAAGACUGAGCCAACUGAACCCAGAUGGAGUGGCUGAUGGCGCAUUUAUCAGAAAUGACUCGGUUUCAGCAGGGAAUGACACUCCUGGGGGCUAAUUCUGUUUAUUUUUCCGACCUUUGACACAUGCCUUACACUGAGGAAAGCAACAUUGUUAAUCCGCGCUUUGGGAACCUGUGACUCAUUCCGUGUCCCGGGUCCGUGCUGUCCCUCCGCCAAGCGGGACUGCAGGGGCCACUUCAUUCACUGAAUCACCGCGUCGGGCCGUAUGGAGACCAAGUUCUGCGUCUUGCGCGCAGCUCGAUAUCCUGGACCGGAUCCUAAAAUAAUACAGAGCAACAGACACUACCUCUACCUCAGUGGGGACAUUAAACAUGCGAAAGCGAAGUCAGGGUAUCUCAGUCGGUGCCCACAAACUCAAACAGGGAACUCCCUCGACGUGUUGAGGCUGUUUUCUCCGCUGAGCGCACACUCCUCCAGCAUCCGUGAACAUGCCUUCGGGUCUGCCUUCCUCUAAAGCCGUCUACAUCGGGAUGGAGGUGGUGAUCGCCGUGUCGUCGGUCAUCGGUAACGUGAUGGUGGUCUGGGCUGUGCGUAUUAACCGGUCUUUGAGGGACACCACGUUUUGUUUCAUCGUCUCCCUGGCCUUGGCUGACAUUGCGGUCGGCGCUCUUGUCAUCCCCCUCGCCAUCACCAUCAGCAUCGGACUCCAGACGCACUUCUACAGUUGCUUGUUGGUCGCCUGCACGGUGCUCGUCCUCACUCAAAGUUCAAUCCUGGCGCUCCUGGCCAUCGCCAUCGACCGCUAUCUGAGAGUCAAAAUACCCAUGAGCUACAAACGGGUGGUGACUCCUCGGCGAGCUGGCACAGCAGUGUUAUUGUGUUGGCUGGUGUCCAUCAUAGUGGGCCUCACGCCCAUGUUGGGUUGGAAUAACCUGCAGCUUCUCCGUGACAAUGGCUCCCUGGUCACUGAUGACCUCUUGGUGACCUGUGAGUUUGAGACAGUCAUCAGCAUGGACUACAUGGUCUACUUCAACUUCUUUGGCUGGGUGCUGCCACCUCUGCUCCUCAUGCUAGCCAUCUAUGUCGAGAUAUUCUACAUGAUCCACAAGCAGCUCAACAAGAAGGUGACAGCUAGCCACACAGACCCCAGCCGCUACUAUGGCAAGGAGCUCAAGCUAGCCAAGUCACUCGCCCUUGUUCUUUUCCUCUUUGCAGUCAGCUGGCUCCCUCUUCACAUCCUCAACUGCAUCACCCUCUUUUGCCCCGCCUGUAAUAAGCCAGAGUUCCUCAUUUACAUCGCCAUCAUCCUCACCCACGGCAACUCGGCUGUCAACCCCAUCGUGUAUGCUUUCCGCAUCAAGAAAUUCCGCACAGCGUUCCGUAAAAUCUGGAAACAGUAUGUGCUUUGUCAGGAAUCAGUCGGUCGGCUUCCUCAAAGAGGGAGCCAGACAGGACAAAGUCAUGAGAGGAGGCUGAGGCAGAAUGAUGAUGACGAUGAUGAUGUGUGACCUUUGCUAACUAAUUGGAUUGCUGUGUAACUGUUGAGUUUCACUCCGCUGGUUCACAGAAUGGAGGACUCUGGCUUUAUGUUCGAGGAAUUACUGGUCAAAACAGCCUUUGGCAUCACAGGAUGUCAGACGUGGGAACUCCAUCAUGAACUGACUGAUUCACUCCAUCGGACACACUCUAAGAGAGCAGGAUGACAAAUCAGCAUGGAGACAGGAUAAACGUCCUCAAUCAGACUUUGAUUUUAAUCAGAUUGAUGGUUUAUUUCUCCACUGGCUGACAAAAUGAAGAUGAUGCCGUAUGAGAUAAUGGGCUUCUCAUCAGUUUCAGCACCAACCUGUUGAACUUGAAUCAGUAAGUGUAUAUCUGUAGCACAUGCUGUACAUGAGUAGUGUAUGCUAUAUUGUAUUUCUGACCUGAAUUAAAACUCAUGGCCUUUUUUAUGUGAACGAUCUCAGAUAGUUAAACAUCAUAUUAUGUGUUACAUUUACAUGUCUGUGGCCUUAAAGACAGAAAAUGAAGAGGAACUAAGCUACUAAAGUGUAAAUCUGGUAAACCAGUGGUGGGCAAGCAGGAAGUUUGCGCAACCAGCUUGGUGCUUUGAGUUGGACCAGGACACAGGAUGUACUGUAUGCUGGCUGCAUGGGUAAAAACUAGGUCAAACUGACUCGCUUGGAAUUACAGUCGAGGAUCUUUGGUGCGAUGAACGUCUAGUUUGCCUGCACCAAUGUCAGUUGUGCAGUAACUUAUUAGACUCAUGGCCCAUGCAGAUGUGUGGUCCAAUGCAGCACAAGUGAAGAUUGUGUUUUUGCUGUUUUUGAGAAUAUUUGACUGGCAGAGUGACUAAUACUAGGUAGUAAUAGUUGUAGCUGAAAACAGCAUAUAUACUAUAAGAAAAAAUUACUUGAUGCUCCUCUGUAAGUAUUUGUGGGCAUGGACAAUGGUAAAAACUAUGGAGCCACCUAUUAGUAACUAUAUAACUAUAGCUGCUGGACUGUGAAUCUAAGAAAUGUUGGAGCUCCUCCAUCCAAUUUUUAUCUGGGGGAUAAUCAAUUUAAACCUAAAAUGUACCUCUACUGUACAUGCACCACCAGGCUCUUUCCACUACUAGCAGGUGUUUUCUGUUACGUUUUCAUUUCUGUUAUGGGGGUGACUUGAAGGUUCAGCGUGUAGAAUUUAGGGGGAUAUAUUGGCAGAGAUAGAAUAAUAUAACAAAUAUGUUUUCUGUAGUGUGUAAUCGCUUGAAAAUAAGAAUCAUAAUGUUUUUGUUACUUAGAGUGAGCCAUUAAUAUAUACAUAGGGAGUAGGUGUUCGUCCACAGAGUCCACCAUGUUGGACCACUAUGAUUGUGCAGUAGCCCAGAACAGACAAACCAAACACUGGCCCCUGAUAUGGCCAUUUGUGUUCUUAAAAUUCUGUGAUUACCACUGUAGUUAGCAGCCCCUCCGCACAAUGAGCAGCGUCAUAAAAACGCCUUCUUUUUUUUAAAUUUAAAACUUUAUUCAGUGUUUUUAUCGGUUUAAAUCAUUGGGUCCAUUUGCUUUGUAAAGGAAGAAACCUUUCUUCAAAUUCUCAUUGGUCAGACAAUCGCUGGUGUUACUUUAAUAAGUGUGUGUGUCCACCAAAGGUUUCUUUACCUAGCUGAAAAAGGACACCUGUUAUUGUCCUCUGUGAUAAUUGGGUCUUCGCUGUGUUUGUCCUGCCAGUAUGGUUAAUGUUAGCUACUCGGCGAAAAAUCUCCCUCUUAUAUGCAGGUUUCAGAGAUAUUAAUGUUAGUAAUGUUAUGUUGUACAUGACAUUGUCAACCCCAGAGUUAACUUCUAAAGUGUUCAGUAUGUCAGAUUUUUCUCAUCAGUCCUGUUCUACACUUAGUUUUUUUCUGGCAUUAUUACAUUGGAGAUCACAUUUAAAUUUCACUCAAGGCAUUCCACUUGCCUGAACACAGAGUUAACUUGCCCUUGGCAAGUGUUUAUAUGGAUCCCUGUGACAGGAUAAAUACACUUUGGUGGACACACUGUGCUAAAAGGUUGUGCACUCAGCGCACUGGGCCGAUUUAGUUGAUAUAAAGAUAACCUCUACAGAUUAUUUAACCCCAAUAUAUUGGUCAAUGAGCAGGCAGAAUUUCAGUCAACCAAGAUUUUCUGUGGUUGAUUACAGCCCUAGUUAUCAGAGAAGAAAAAGUAAGCACACAUUAGCAGAUGCUGGGCUAGUGGCCUGUCUCCAGCAUGCCAAACAAUGUCAGAGAAACACUGAUUUGUUACAUGAAACUGCUUUAUUCAGUGUUUUUACUGACUUUAUUCACCUGGUUCGUUUGUUUUGGAGAGGAGGACACCUAUGCGAAUAAUUCAGCUUUUGAUUAAAACCUCCCAAACAAUGAACAUUAAAGUAAUCCCAACCAGGAGUUCAUGCUGAGCACAAUGGAGAAGUUUCAGCUGGUUGCAAUCUGCAAUCCUCUACACUAGAUGGCACUAAAUCCUACACACUGCACCUUUAAAACUGACCAGUGUUGCCCAUUCAAAUUAGUGAGAUUCAACAUAAGAGGACAUACACUGAAACGCCACUGCUGACACUUACAAUAUGUACUGUAUGUAACGAAUAUAUGUAUAAAUGUUACUGGGAGAUACUGUAUAAAAUUCACCUCACUGAGCCAGCAGGUGUUCUCUUACAGCUGUUGAUUGGGAAAAUCACCCUUCAACCAUCUCAUAGUAAGCAAAAAAUAUAUCAGCAUAUGGUGAGGUCUGAUUAAAAUUCAUAAUGCUAAGAUGAAAUGAUUUUAUUAUCUGUUCACAUGAAAACGUGUCUUGCAUUACAUACUCAAAACAAAACAUAAACACCCUCCAGUAAUCAUCAGAAACACAUGAUACAAUAUAUGUAGUAUCUGAGAACAACACAUUUGUCCCUUGUUAUGCACGCACACACACAUGCUAUGUGUGGUAGCAUGUGGAUAAAUCCACUCUGUUCUUUAUGACAGAAAUAGCAUCUCACUUUCUCUCCAUGCUUCUCCGUAUCAGGGCUAAAGCCAUCAGCGAUGAGAGGCCAUUUUUUGCGCACACACAUCGAUCUUCUGCCACUCGGCAGAGAGAGCUGCUCAUGUGUGAAUAAGUGAGGAGGUUAUGAGGGCGUAGGAGUCCAGGGGUGAGGUGGGACAGGGUGGAAGGAUUAUUCUGUUUACAAGGGAACCUGAAGGCGAGACUGCCGCUGAGGAACUCAUCAAGACAACUCUGAGGAGGUCAACACUGAGGCCACCCUGUCGCUUUCCCAUCAAAUAAACAAGCCUGUUAAUGUGACCCUGUUGAUCUCUGUCUUUACCAUCUGUGGCAAUGUGUAACAACAUAUACAGUACACACACACACACACACACACAUAGUAUGUCUUCAUCAGACAAGUGUACUCUCAUUGUAUUUCCAAUGCUGCUCUUAUAAUAAUGUUUCCAUGUGAUUCUUUUCUCACUUUGUGCUCCUGUGAAAUAUUUAUAAAGCCACUAAGUGUAGAAUUGGAUAUUUAUCAAGAUUUAAGACAUUAUAACAUGUUUGUAGAAAAAUUUGACAAUCUAGAGGAAAAUUCAAAGUGUAUGUUACUAUUAUUAUUAUUAUUAUUAUUAUAGAGGAUGAGGACGAACGUAUCUAACACAGUGUCCUUUUUGUUACUGCCACUGGGGGGUGCCAACAUCUGACAUUAUUAAUUCUACACAUAGUGGCUUUAAGGUUUUAUCUGUUUGUUUUUAUCUGUUCGACUGAACCAGUGUUAUAAUUUAAACAUGAUUUGUGCAAUACUCUCAGAUGUACAUUACCAAUAUCAAAAGAAAAACUAUAGCAUAGAUAUUGUACAUGUUGACACUGUUAAUCAGACUCAAGUGCUGGAUGUUCACGGCGGUUUAAGUGCUAAUAUGGUGAGCUGUUUUGUCAAUCAUAAUUAUGAAGGAAUACAUUAAUAAAAAGGUCGG